AGUCAAAGCGAAUUUGGAGGCUGGGUUUGUCUGUUGACUCCUCAGUUUGUUCUUCUGCUGGUUAGGCACUGAAACUGAGCUCAGAUUCAUCUUUCCACCAAACACCAAGUGUUAUUAUGAUGAAAAUAGCAGUUGCUGCUGCAGUUGGUGCCCUGGGGUGGGCUUAUGUAGCUCUAAUAAAGCCUCCCCCUCCCAAUGUUUGUGGGUCACCAGGUGGUCCUCCAGUGACGUCACCCAGGAUUAAACUCAGUGAUGGGAGACAUUUGGCUUACAGAGAGAGGGGUGUGUCCAAAGAAAAGGCCACCUACAAGAUCAUCAUUGUCCAUGGAUUAGAUAACUCUAAAGAUUUGGAGUUGCCUAUCUCACAAGAACUCAUAGAAGAGCUCCAGAUAUACCUCCUGUCAUAUGAUCGUGCAGGAUAUGGUGAGAGUGACCCGUAUCCAAGACGCACUAUAAAGAGUGAAGCAUUUGAUAUUCAAGAGCUGGCUGAUAAGUUGCAAUUAGGACCUAAAUUCUAUGUUCUUGGCAUGUCAAUGGGAGCAUGUGCUGUUUACAGCUGCCUAAAGUACAUACCCCAUAGGUUGGCCGGAGUUUCACUUGUCGUUCCAUUUGUCCACUACUGGUGGCCUCUUUUUCCUGCAAAAAUACUGCAAGAAGGCUUGCAAAGACACCUUUUACAAGACCAACGGACAUUUAGAGUGGCACAUUAUGCUCCAUGGCUGUUGCAUUGGUGGAUGAAUCAAAAAUGGGUUCCUUCAUUAAGUAUGUUGCAAGGCAACAUGGCUGUUUUCUGUCCCAAAGAUCUUGAAACUAUACAACAGCUAAUGGAAGCCCCUAAUGACAAUCAGGAAAGACUUAGGCAACAGGGACUUCAUGAAUCUUUGUACAGAGACAUGAUAAUGGGUUUUGGGGAUUGGCAAUUCAGUCCAUUGGAUUUACCCAAUCCAUUUCCCAAUAAUGAGGGCUCCGUCCACAUCUGGCAAGGCCAGGAGGACCGAAUCAUCCCGUCGGUAAUCAAUCGCCAUAUCUCCGAGCAACUCACAUGGAUUCAGUACCAUGAAGUUCCUAAUGCCGGGCAUCUCAUGAUUUUUGAUUCCCGUUUAUGUGAAUCCAUCUUCAGAACACUAGUAGCGCCAUGAAAUGAAUAAACACGUGAGGAUUGAUUCAAAAUUUGCAAUAAUAAAUAAAAAAAAUAAAACCCAUUCCUCCGCAUGCUAAGCUUAACAAAAAGAGUCAUGCUUGCUGGGGUACUCCAAACGUGACCCCAAGUUUGACACCACUGUCUUUACAAACAUGACAAACUAUUUGUCUUGUUGAAUAGUAUUGCUGCUGCUGAUAUGAUAUGACAAUCCUGGUGGAGAAUGCAUUAAAAUGCAAGUUAUUGGUGUGUUCCCAUUUGUAACAUUGUUUUUUCGUAUUUAAAUUUGCUGGUAACUAUGGUUUGUCAAACUGUUGAUUUGUUGUUCCCAUAGGCGUCUCUUGUAUCUGCGGAUUGCGUUUUGUUUUUAUUUGGGAGUAACGUUUGAUAAUUACCGUU